GACAGCGAGUGGGGACAUUUCGUUGAAAUUUCAAUCCUACCAUUUUAUUUUUCAAAAAAUAAAAAAAAAAUCGAGAGGAUUGGAAACUAGUUUUGACCCAAUCCGAUCCUCUCUGUCUCUCUCCGUUUUCUCCGAUCAUAUUCUCCGAUCUGCUCAUCUCCCCGACGUCGUUUUGAUCCACUCAAACAAUGAUUACGAUACCGUAUAUAACCGCUUUAACUACAUAUUUCAGCUAUGGAUUGCUCUUUGCUUUCGGUCAGUUUCGUGAUUUCUUUCGUAAGAUCUUCGAUUGGUGGCGCGGUAACAAUCUCCAGGGUUAUGCUCCAAUCGUCUUAGGCCUUGAGGACUUUUAUACUCGCCGGUUGUAUCUUCGUAUCCAGGACUGUUUUGGUCGGCCAAUAUCGAGUCCUCCCGAUGCUUGGGUUAAUGUGGUGGAGCGUGUCUCCAAGGACAAUAACAAGACACUAAAGCGAACAACUAAUGUUAGCAGAUGUCUCAACUUGGGAUCAUACAAUUACCUUGGCUUUGCUGCGGCAGAUGAAUACUGCACGCCCCGGGUUAUUGAUUCUAUGAAGAAGUUUUCUCCCAGUACCUGCAGUACUCGUACUGAUGGAGGCACGACAACAUUGCAUACUGAACUGGAGGAAUGUGUUGCUGAUUUUGUUGGCAAGCCAGCUGCUUUAGUGACUGGAAUGGGCUAUGCAACAAACUCUGCUAUCCUUCCUUCCUUGAUUGGAAAGGGAGGUUUGAUAAUUAGUGAUUCUCUAAACCACAACUCUAUAGUAAACGGUGCUAGGGGGUCCGGAGCUACAGUUAGAGUUUUUCAACACAACACUCCAUCCCACUUAGAAAGUGUUUUGAGAGAAAAUAUUGCCGAAGGACAACCUAGAACACAUAGACCAUGGAAAAAAAUUAUGGUUAUUGUUGAGGGUAUAUACAGCAUGGAAGGAGAACUGUGCAAACUUCCUGAGAUUGUUGCAAUUUGCAAGAAAUACAAGGCAUAUGUAUAUUUAGACGAGGCUCACAGCAUUGGAGCAAUCGGUAAAACAGGAAGGGGUGUUUGUGAGCUUUUAGGUGUUGACACUGCUGAUGUGGAUAUCAUGAUGGGAACUUUUACCAAGUCAUUUGGAUCAUGUGGUGGCUAUAUUGCUGGAUCGAAAGAAGUUAUUCAGUAUUUAAAGCACACUUGCCCGGCACAUCUAUAUGCCACAUCGAUAUCACCUCCAGCUGCUCAGCAGAUAAUUUCUGCAAUAAAGGUUAUACUUGGGCAGGAUGGUUCUAAUAGAGGGGCUCAAAAACUUGCAAGAAUACGUGAAAACAGCAAUUUUUUCAGGUCGGAGCUUCAGAAGAUGGGAUUUGAGGUCCUAGGAGACAAUGACUCUCCUGUUAUGCCAAUAAUGCUAUAUAAUCCAGCAAAAAUUCCUGCUUUUUCGCGGGAGUGCCUUAAACAAAAUUUGGCUGUAGUGACUGUUGCUUUUCCAGCUACCCCUCUGUUGUUAGCCAGGGCACGCAUAUGCCUUUCUGCUGCUCACACAAGGGAAGAUAUGAUUAAAGCAUUAAAGGUCAUCAGUAGUGUUGGUGACAUGAUUGGUAUAAAAUACUUUCCUGCUGAACCAAAGAAACCGCAGUUGGAAGAUGGCCCUGUGAAAUUGGACUAAUUUUUCCAAAUUUUUGUUAGUUGAAGUUGUCAACGGUCCGACAAAGCUUAGAUUUGUCUGUUCUGCUGUCAAGUACGAGUAUUGGCUGGCAUUACCUGGUUGUGAUCUGUUAUAGUUUGAAAUAUCUUUUGUAAGUAUGCAGCUUGCGUCUCUUGUAUCCAUUCUGGUUACCUCUAUUUAUCUUAUGGGAAUUGUAUUUUUUAAUUUCCCAUAGAAAUGCCCCCCAGCAGGAGGGCAUCUUUAUGGUGGAACAAGCUGUGGGCAAUGUACUCGCUGUAUAAUGGCCUGACACGCAUUUUAAGCCUGUUAUAGAAUGUAGUUUCAUAAA